AUGAUGGAAUCUCAAAGUCCAAAUGCUAAUACAUCUGAUCCAGCUCCAUCACAAGAGUCAAUUUCAUCAAAUGUUAGAGGAAAAACUGAUUCUGCUUGGGAGCAUGUUUCCUUUAAAGUUGACAUUCUUAAUGGAUCAAAGUCAAUGAUAUGUCUUUAUUGUCAAAAGACUUUUAAAGGGGGAGGGAUUAAUAGGAUGAAACAACAUCUUGCCCAAAGGAAAGGUGAUAUUGCAAUUUGUCGUAAAGUACCCUAUGAUGUAAGGUUCAAAAUGGAUCAAUCGUUGAAUGAAAUCAAUGACAAAAAAAGAAGUGAAAAGCAACCAAUGAAUUUUGUUGACACUAGAGCACAUUGUGGAAGGAAUGAUAAUGAUGAUGAUAUUGAGAUUAGAGAAAUAGAUCCACUUAGUACACAUGAUUCCUAUCAAUUGAAAAGACCAACUACAUCAUCGGGAAAGGGGAAAGCAUCUUCAGGGCUAAUAACUAGCUAUUUUGCUCCACGAACCACUCUAGGUGCACAACCUGGAAUUAAGAGUGUAUUGGCAUCUAAGGCAGCAAUUAAUCAUGUGGACCAUGCUAUUAUGAAGUGGUUGUGUGAUGCUUGUAUUCCCUUGAAUUCUUUGUGUUCAAGAUACUUUCAACCUAUGUUGGAUGCCCUUGUUACUAUUGGAACUACAUUUGUAAAGUUUGUAGAUGCUUCUGAAACAGUCAAGAGUGUAGAGAAUUUAUUUCUUUUGUUUAAGGAAGUUAUUGAUUGGGUAAAAGCAGAAAAUGUUGUUCAGGUGAUCACUAACAAUGCUGCAAAUUAUGUAGCUACAGGAAGAUUGUUGGAAGCAGAAUUUCCAUGGAUAUAUUGGUCACCUUGUGCAGCACAUUGUCUAAACUUGAUGUUAAAGGAAAUUGAGGAAAUGGAUUAUGUUGCAAAUGUGGUUCAACAUGCAUCUAGAAUUACCAAAUUUGUCUACAAUCAUAUUUUUCACAUGCAUGAUUUGCAAAAUUUGGUGAUAGAUCGAAGUUUUAUUGAUUCUAGGUAUGCAAAAGAUGCAAAGGGGAAAAAAAUAAUACAAAUAGUUUUGGAUUCUGAAUUUUGGGCACAAUGCAAAAUGAUUGUGGGUUUCACAUCACCUCUUGUUAGUGCAUUGAGACUUGCAAAUUCUGAGUUUAAGCCUGCAAUGGAGUAUAUGUAUCAUGCAAUGUUGAAGGCAAAAGAAUUACUGAAAAAGUUUUUUAAUUAUAAGAAAGCUGAAUAUGGCCCAAUCAUGGACAUUAUUCAUAGAAGAUGGAAUAGACAAAUGGGUCAGAGGCAUCAUCUUGCAGGGUAUUAUUUUAACCCGACCUUCCAAUAUGAUCCGAAAUCAAAAGUUAAAUCCCCGGCCGUUAUGUCUACAGUUUUUUAUGUCAUUGAAAAGCUUGCAAUCAAAUCAGAUGAUGUGGAGAUAAACCUGAACAAAGAGUUUACUCUUUUUGAAAAUUGUUGUAGUAAUUUUGGAAGACCUUUCUUAGUGAAGACAUUUAAGUCAACAUCUCUAGGUGAAUGGUGGUCGAGAUUUGGUUGUGACACUCCAAAUUUGAAAAGGAUUGCUAUACGGAUCCUUAGCCAGACGUGUAGCUCAUCUGGAUGUGAACGCAAUUGGAAUGUUUUUGAACGUAUACCCACGAAGAAAAGGAAUAGGUUAGAGCACCAGAUGCUCAAUGGCCUAGUAUAUGUUCAUUGCAACGUGCAUGUGAUGGAUGGAAGAAAAACUGAAAGUCUUGAUCCAAUUGGGCAUGAACAUGUUGAUGUUGUGGAAGAUUGGAUAGUGCACGAUGAUGAGGAUCCUCCCUUACUUGAUGGUAAUGAGAAUGAUGAUAUGUUUAAAGCUGAUGAGACAACAUUUCCAAUAAUGGAAUCACCAAGGACUGAUGGAGAUCGGACUCGGUUGCAAAUUGCAAGUUUGGAAAUCCUGUUCAGAAACAGCAAUGGAGAGGAUGGGAUUGUGGUACCAUCUUAUUAUUUGGAAAGAUUUGUUAUGGAGGUUGAGAGCAUGUUGAGAGAUCCGAUACACAGCAGAGUCAGAAACCGUAUAGAUAUGCAGAAACAUGACAUGUAUGUGGUUGGUGAGGGUUGA